AAUUUCUUUUUUAUCUACUUUGAGUUGUACAGUAGGGUUAUGUUUUGGUAGAUAUCGUGUGGCAUGUUCGCUUUAUUAAAAUAUGAUUAAAAUGACAGCAAUCAAUUUAAAAAAGCGACGCGUGUCGAAAAAAUCCAAACUCUCCUGGCGUAAGCACGCCAAAGUUCAAGAUGUUGAAGAAUUCCUCGAACAGAGGGUCGAAGAAGACGUGGGCCCAAAUUUAUCAACAGUUUUAAAUAACCAAUAUUUUGUGGUAGACACAGGGGGGGAUAUUUCCAGCAAAGAGCGGCGCAAGCAAAGGGCUGCGAGACCGUUAAGAUGUUUUUCCGCUUUAGUGCCACACACCAGUGUGCCAGAUCCAAUAGUAAAAAGAAACAGAGUCAAAACUCCUGAAGAACGUAAAAGUAUAUUCGUAAAGCAAAAAGAGGAGAGAAGACGAAAAUAUGGCGUUCUCACGUCCAAGGAAAUGACUUCGAUUGCCGAACGAAGAUUGUAUGAAAUAAAGAAAGAAAAAAAGGAAAAGCGGGGAGAAUUCACUAAGGAUAUCUGGUCAGUUGAGCAAAUAUCUCCAUUUGUGAAUGAUGAGUGGGCCGAUACAAUUACAAAAAAACACAAUCUGAGAGGUACUGGGGUUCCAGUUAAAACCACUGCAAAGAGUGUCUUAAGCAAGAGCAGUAUUUUACCACCAAUUGAACCCCCACAUCCAGGAAUGUCAUAUAACCCUUCUUAUAAGGACCACCAGGACUUGUUGAAACAAAUAGCACAAAAGGAAUUGAGUUUAAUUAAAGAAGAGGAACAUUUAAACAGAGUUACAAAGGACAUGUUCAAAAAAGUUACUGAAGAAAAGAGAGACACCAGUUGGAUUGUAGAAAUGUCUGAGGGAUUGCCAAGUGCGGAAGGCACCAAUAUUGAGGAAAAUUUGGACAAUGAUGACAACAAAUUCAACAUAAAUCCACCAGUAAAGAACAAAAAAAAGACACUAAAACAGAGGCGUAAACAAAAGGAACAAUUCAUGUUGGAGAAAGCCAAAAGAGCUCUCAAAUUGGAAAAGCGAAAGGCUGGGGAUGUUAAUAGGAUCAGAGUGUUUCAAAAGCAAAUUGAAACACUUGAGAAGAAACACGUGCUGGCUCAAAAAAAACGUAAGCUGAAAGCUGAAAAGAAAAAACUUGAGCCAAAAGUAUUGAGUUCGACAAAAUAUGAAAGCCCAGAUUUGGAAUUUAAUAUGGGGGAAGAUAUUUCAGGGACUCUGAGGAAUUUAAAAAGAGAGGGUAAUUUAUUAACUGACAGAUUCAAGAAUAUGCAAAAACGUAACAUUCUUGAACCUUCUAAAAGACAACAUCACAAGAAGGCUAAAAUUAAGACAUAUGUGAAACCGGGGCAUAGGGAAGAUUGGAAAGAAACUGUUGCUAGAACUUUUCAGCAAUAAAUAUUUAAAUAAGUUGACAUAUUCCAA